AUUGGGUUUUGCCUUGAACCCUGGAGUGCAAACAAAAAAGUUAUUUAUGCCCACAACUUUUUACAAGUGCAUCACUACUCUCUAUUUUUAUCCCUCUGUUGUGUCUCUUUUGGAGGAAAAAACGGGAGGAGGACAAGAAAUAGUAGCUUUUCCAUCACCAUCACACAUGCCUCACUAAACAAUCAAAGAAACAUUUAUAGAGAAAAUGUUUUCAUUUCCCCUACUGUUCCGAUGUUUGUGUUUUCUAUUUUAAUUUCUCUGGAGUGAAAAUAGAAUUCCUUCCCCCUUCCCAAAGCAGUCUGCAGCACUUUGGGCUCCGAAGUUGCGGGGAGAGGGAUGCCCUAGGCAGGGCCGCAGAGCUGAGGCUGCACGUGAGUCUCCCAGACUCCUGCGCCACUUCUCCCGCCCGGGUGCCACCAGCGUGGCGCAGCGGCCCAGGCAGCGGAGCGUCUUCCUGGGAGGCGCAGCCGGUGCAUCAACCUCAGCCCUCGCCGCAUCCACCUCGUCAUCCGCCUGUACCUCCAUCCUGCUUCCCGGACGGAAAUCAAACACCACCCCUGGUACUGCAGCCCUUCUUCGCCGCAUCGCUCGGCCCCAACGCUGCUCUGAUGACGAAGCCGCUCCCUACACGCGAGCUCACGACCCGUCUCCACCUCCUGCAGCCUAGACACCACCCCAGGGUGCUGGGAUCCCCGGGGCGGGAUGCUGGGGACACGCGCUCAGGGACGCGCCCGGGUGGCCCCGCGUGGCCGAGGGGGGAGGACAGCAGAGCGCGGGCAGGGGCCGAGGGCGCCCUGACCCCGCAGGCCCAGCGCCCCGACGUGCGCCCGGCCGGCCUGCGGGGCUCUCCGCCGUCCGGGGUGGGGUUUUGCUCGUGCCUGGCUCCCCGGCUGGCGGACCGCGUCGGCGCGUCUGUCACCGCUGGCCAGUAUCCGUCCGCCGCGGGCGGCCCGGGCGCUGGCUGGCCCUGCACGCCGCCGCCCGCGCCUCCGCGUCCUCCCCCUGCCGCCGGCGCGCAGACUUUACCUGUGAGAGGCGCGCGGUGGGCGCCGCAGCUCCCCGUCCCCGCCGGCGACAGCCGGACCGCCUCGCCGCCAGCGGGACUGCAUCCAGACUCAAAAUGCAAUAUCAACUCCUUCAAAAAAAGAGAGACAUAGGAAUGAAUGUAUUAAGCAUUGUUUAAACAUAAAUGCUUACUAUUUUACCAGAAGAAGAAAAAAAUAACACAAAUUAUUGACAGAAUCAGGAAGAAGCUGGAGAAUGUGUAUUUGAGAAAUACCAUUUCUACUACCUUAAAAGGAGAACAACAGAUAAUGAGACAAAAUGAAUAAAAACAAAAAGUAUAAAUGUUUUAUUUAGAGAAAUGGCCAUUAAAAAGCAGAAGAAACAGUUGAAAGACUUCAAAGUGGUUGCCUCGGGGUAACA